AUUAACAGCAGGAAGGAGAUCUCUCUGAUUGGCCGUGACCAUUAGCAGGCUGCCGUUGAAGAGAGUGUUGUCGUUCGUGUACUCGUGAUCGUUCUUCUUGGUUCGGUUCCAGUUAUGGGUCGGGAGGAGAUGGAGUAUAAAGCCAGUUCGAGUGCUGAGCCGUGUUAUACCGAGCCGAAGUCAAGGGUGGCUGAAGAGAAGAGACCGCCGCUGGUGUUCCCUACAACCCGCUACAUGCUGUGGGUGCUGAGUAAAUUGCUGCAUCAUGGCUUUUUCGGAAUGAUCAUCAGCGUUGCUCUCACACUGGUUUCCUUUUUUGCAAAGAUUGCCCUAUCCGUUUUAGGGGGACGUGUGACGGAUCUCAUCAUGAGAUUGAUCAGCUGGUUCCUUGGUCGAGGGGGUAAUGCGACACGUGUGACAUCUGUGUCCUUUGUGAACUUUUUGGACGACAAUUUUGAAAUCAGAGGAACGGGUUUUCCGGUUCACAGCAACACUUUAACUGCCACCAAUGCUGAGGUGCUCAUUCUGGCUUCCAAGCUGGCAUACGAGAACAUGAGCGACUGGGUCCGAGUGGUGACCCAAGUUUGGGAGAUGGAAUGGGUUGCGGGAUACUCUUUUGAACCUCAAGGCACACAGGUAUUCGUGUUCAAGCACAAGACAGCCAUUGUUGUUGCUUUUCGGGGCACAGAGCCGUUCAACCUUUUUGAUUGGCUGGUCGAUCUUGAAACUGCCUUGAAGGCACCCCAAGGAAGUGACAAGAACCCCGAUAGAGCCCUGCUGGGGAACAUGCAUGCAGGGUUUUAUGAUGCCUUGAUGACUCCACCAAACAGUUGUAGAAGUAUCCCAUGGUACAGGCUCAUCAAUGCUGAUGGGAUUGCAACGGAGAUGGGAUUGCUGGACGAGAGUCGGACGCCGUACGAUAUUGUGAGAGAUCGCGUUAUGGAGGAACUGCGUUGCGACAAAGACCUGUACGUCUUCGUGACUGGGCACAGCCUUGGGGCCGCUCUGGCAUCCGUUUUCUGUGCCCAUUUGCUGGUCGAUGACGAUCCCGAAAACCUUGUCAAGCCGAGAGUUCAGUGGCUGUGCACCUUUGGCCAGCCAAGGACUGGGGGCUACAAAUUUGCUCGCUUUCUGGAUUGCGCGGCUAGCACGAGGAUGACUUCGAUGAUUGGAGAUGACGGCAAACUGAUCGGUUUCAGAUAUCUCAGAUUCGUGAACAACAAUGACAUUGUUCCACGUGUGCCACCGCCUGUGAGGUUCAGCCACUCGCCCUGUUUUGUCUUCUUGAACGAGUUGGGCUAUGAAGAGGUGGACUGCGAGACGGAGGGGCUGAGCAUCGCAGGUGUCAUCGUUGAUGAGGUGAUGAGCCGCUGUUUAAGAACAAUACAGCUUCCUUUGAACUGCGUUCAGGAUUUGGCAUCCUUCAACUUGAUGAAACCCAUCGUCCGUUUUGUCGUCUACCUCCUUCCCAACCUCAUUUACAAUCAUUUCCCGUCCGAGUACGAGCGUGUUAUCCGCGGCUGUCCGGAUCCCUACUUCGACGAAGACCAAUGGGUUGAAACCACGUGGCAAGUGCCGUUGCUGGGUUGAGCGCGCCAAAUUCAAUCUGAUCCCUACGGGGGAAGCAUUGCUGGCUAUAUAUCAAUCUACCUGCCACUGUCCGGAUCAUUAAAUUUCUUCGACGAAGGGCCUCGCUGCACUACUCGCGAUAUGCACAACAGACAAAAAUCAUGGCGGUGUAUCUUUCCAUAUUCUAGCGGAAGAUUCCACUCUCGUUUUGCACAUUUGCAGCGAGGCCCGAAGACCAAUGGGUUGAAAUCCAGUGGCCAGUGCCGUUGCUGGCUCAAAUUCAAUCGCCGGGUCCCUAUAUCUAUCCACGUGGCAGUCAAUCCAGUUGUUAGUCGGGAUACCCAUUAAUCAGUCAUUCAAUCAAUCAAGUGGCCAGUGCGGUUACAUGGACCUAUGGGCUCAAAUCAACUGGCCAGUGCGGAUCAUUGCUGGGUUGAGCGCCCCGAACUGAGUGUGCUCGGUCCGGAUGGCAGAGGUCAUCUUGGUUUCCUUAUUAAUCGACUGGGCAGAGGUCAUCGAUUUGUUCGUCGUCUUCAUCUGCAGGCCAUUCGUGCUGGCAGUCGUUGAAAUUAACUGUCAAAAAAUAGUUCCAAGGUAUUUUAGUCCAGCUGGCAGAGAAAAGGAUCGGGCAGCUGUUUUUUUUUUUUUUUUUUUUUUUUCGUUCUUUCCUGCAUGCUUGAGUGCUUGCUUGCUUGAUUGGUUGAUUGAUUGAUUGAUUGAUUGAUUGAUUGAUUGGUUGGUUGAUUGGUUGAUUGAUUGAUUGAUUGAUUGAUUGAUUGAUUGAUAACUCGCUGGCAGCAGAUCCAGGUAGGAGAGUAACCAGUCUGGGGAGUCAGUCCAACUGUUUCUGCUUUUUUUUGUUUCUUUCUUAUUUGUCUUGCUUGAUUGAUUGAUAGAUUAAGAGCCGGCAGUUACAGUGAGGCCUGUCAAUGUUUCUUUUUUCUUUUUCAGGCAAUCCAGUUGGGAGUCAGUCCUGUCGGUUGUUUCUAUUUGUGUUCCUUCCUGAUUCAUUCAUUCAUUGAUUGAUUGAGAUUGAUUGAUAUUGAGAUUGAUAUCUAUUGAUAUUGAUUGAUAUUGACGGAUUGAUUGAUUGACUGGUUGAUUGAUUGAAUGAUUGAUUGAUUGAAUGAUGGAUUGAUUGGUUGAUUGAAUGAUCGAUUGAUUGGUUGAUUGGAAGGUAUUGAUUGAUAUGGACGGAUUGAUUGAUUGAUUGAAAUAGAUUGAUUGGUUGAUUGGUUGAUUGAUAGGUAGUUGGCAGUCAAGUCUGUUGGUUUCUUUCUGCCCUUUCUUCGCGUCAGAAUCUUUCUUUCUUUGUUUGUCUCCUUCUUUCCUUCUUUCUUCAUUCCGUCUUUCCUUCUUCGUUCUUCUGUUUUCUGAUUCAUUGAAACGUAGGUGGGAGUUACUUUGCUUCGUUCUUUGUCGUUCUUUAUUUCUAUCUUCUUUGUUUUUUUCGUUCCUGAUUGCUUGACUGGUUAUGGAUAGAUAGAUUGGUCGCAGUCGAACUAGCUGGCAAUGAAUCCAUCUCUGGCAGUCGAUCAAAUCGUUUAUGGAUCCAGGUAGUGCCCAUUUCAGCUGGCAGUCAAUCCUUCUCCAUGCAAGAAGUAAUCAAUGUAAUGCUGUCCG